AUGUCCAGACAACCCCGCCCCCAGGGAGCGUCUACGCAGCCGGCGGCGACUCGGCAGAACGAAUACUUCGUGCCGCGCGAUGGAAUCGAUCGUGAGGUCAUCUCGGCCGACAUCUGCCGCUACCUGGGCAAUGAUGCCUUGGUGCGGCCUGGUCAUUACGAGAACUCUCAAACCGGCCAGGUCGCUCAAGGAUACUACAUUACCGCCUACAGAAACCUAACAACUGCUAUGAUCGAAGACUUGAAGGCCGAUUCGGCGCGCUGGGAUAGUGAAAGGCGUGCGCAAACUUCGCGCAAUACCCCUGGAGGUAUCCAUGCCUCGAGAGAUGCCACUGGCGUUCCUGCGAGACCCUCAUCUAACUCACCAGCAGUCCAAUACCGCUACUCCGAGACUCACCAGUCUCGGCAACAUCAUGGGCCUACCGAGCCCCCUUCCUUCCAGCCGGAGCCGUAUCCCCGGGAAACCUAUGAUGCACCGAGAUACCCCGGAACUGGCGCUCCUGGAUAUACCGGUGCCUCUAACACAUACCAGCAACAGCCUCCACAACAGCCCUUUGGCGCCUCAAACGGCAAUGGCUUUAAUACCGGUUUCCCGCAGCCCCAACAGUCGCCGCCUCCGGACCCAAGGUACACUACUGCCCAGCCCGGAUCAAUGAUGCGUCCAGGCUAUCAACCGAACCAGGAUCCUCCAUACAUUGGCACUGGCGCCAAUUUGCCCCAAGCCGGUUAUCCCGUCUCCAGUGAUCCUUAUUCAAGCCGGAUGGGAACCUCUGCUGCCGCCCCUCAGCAGCCAGUUUAUUCCACAGUACCGCCGCCUCAACCUGGAUACCCAGCUCCCCAAUAUCAGUAUCAGGGCCAGGCUCCUCCUUCUGCCGCCGGUGGCCACUCGUACCCGGCUAUGCAACCCCAUGACCCGUUCUAUGGUCGAGGUGCGUCAAAGCAGAGAUCAUGCGAGCCCAGCUCGCCAAAAAGGCCCCGCGUCUAA